AUGGUAUCUAACUUAUAUAUAUUAAUUUUAGAAUAGUAAACUUAGUAAAAGGUCAAAAAAGAGUCUUUUGACAGAAGAAACCUAAAGUAAAGUUAAAAUUUAUUUCUUAGAUAAAUAAAGAAAUGAAGAAUAGACUGAGUCUAUAGUAAAAAAUGUACGUAAUGGUGAUGCUACAAAUCCAGAAGUAGUUGUAAUUGGUGAAGGGGAAUUGUAAAGAAUGAAAGUAUGAAAAUAUAAUAUCUAUGUUAUCAGAAUAAUGCAAUAAUCACAACGAAAGAAGAGCAAAUAUAUUAAAAGAAAUUGCUUGAGGAAUAAAAAGAGAAGUAAAUGGCUGCUGCUAAAGCAAAGAAAUAACGUAUGAUUUAAAUGGAAGAAGAAAAAAAAAAAUAAGUUCCGUUGACAUCAUAAUAAGAGGAGGAUAAGGUUGUGAAAGAUUCACUUCUUGCAAGAGUAUUUAUGGAUCUAAUAUGUAUCUUAGGCAGCAGAAAUAAUGAAUGAAUAAAUGGAUGAUGUUAAGGAAAUGAAUAAGAUGGUUAUGUAUGCUAAAUGUGUAACUGUUCGAGAUAAGCAAUUAAAAGAAAAAAAAGAAUUGGUUGACUAAUAUAAAGUUUAGGAAAAGAGAAAGGAUUUGAUGAUGGAAAUAGAAAGGUUGAAAUCUAUUAAGUAUCAUGAAGAAAAAGAUAAAUAAAGAAAAAUUGAAUAAAAAUAAGGACAUGAUAUUAUAAUUGAAUAAAUUAAAGAGAGAGAAUUAAUUAGAUUAAAAGAUAAAGAAGAAUAAGAAAGAGAGGGAUAAAUUAUGCUAAAAAAGAUUAAGUAAUUACAAUAGGAAGAAACUUAAAAAGCAAUGCUAAAAAAAAUAUCUUAAUAAAAAGUAUAAGAAGAAAUAUUAGAUGCAAAUGAUAAGGCUAUCUUAGUUAAAGAAAAAAGAAAAUUGGAAGAAAGAGAGGAAGAAGAAAUGAUAGUGAAAUACAAUUUACAGAAAGCAUAGAAAGAAGCUGAAAUCUUAGAGGAGUAAAGAAGAAUUAAAGAAGAGAAAGAACGUGAAGUUUAAAGAUUAAGAGAAAUGCAAGAAAAGGCAUAAGAUAGAUAAGCAGAAUUAGAUGCAUUAAGAGCCAAAAGAGCUAUGGAAUAAAAUGAAAGAUAAGCAAGAGAAAAGGAAAGAAAAGAAGCAGAAUUAAAAAUGCGAUUAAAUCAUGAUGUUCAUGAAGCAAGAAAAUUAUAAUAAUAUGAAAAAUAAGAAAGAUUAGAAGAAUAAGUAAAAUUUGAUUUUUAUUAUUAAGGCAAGAUUAGAAAGGGAUGAAUUUUAAAGAGUUAUUCAAAAAUAGAAAUAAGAAAGAGAAAACGAACUUAAGUUGUUACAUGAUAAGGAGGCACUUGUUAAAAAACAUGCAGAUGAAUUAAGAAAGUAAAUAUCUUUGAAUGAAGAGAAGAAAAAAUAAGAAGAAAGAGAUAAGUAUUUUACUAUUAAUAAAUUAGAUUAGAAGAAGGUAAAAAGAUAAGAGAUAAAAUGUUGAAUGAAAAGAAACUGUUAGAAAAUAUUAAAGAUACUAAAUUAAGAACUUUAAAUGAUAAUGGAAUCGCUGAUAAAUACAAAGCAGAAUUAGCUCGAAAGAAAAUUAAUAUAUUAAUUUGA